CAGCGUUUAAUGAUGCAUGUAAUAAAACGGACGGAAUGGAGAACAACUAUAUCCCACAAAGAAAUAUUGUUGUCUCAUCGAUGAGUGACGAUAGCGAAGUUGAUGACCUUAAACCAAGUGUUGGUGGAACAGUUUUCAAAGGAGCUCCUGGUGACAACAAUAUCACAAUUACUAUUUCAUUUGACGAUAAAACUGAAUUGGGCAGUCUAAGAUGGAACAACGCAAUUGGCAUUCCGGGUGCACCAGAUGUAAACCUUAAGAUAUUUACCGUAUCAGAUGGCGUGACUACACAACUGGACGUUGACGGAGUAGAU